AUGGGAUACUUGGACCCCGAAUAUCUCCAAUCAAACACACUGACAGAAAAGAGCGAUGUCUAUAUGGAACAGGGUCGCGUGGAUCCAAUCCUUGAUGCUGAAAUAGUGGAGGGGCAAUUCGAGACGGUCGACAAAGUGGUUGAUCUGGCAAAGAGAUGUUUAAGCUUAAGAGGGGUUGAAAGGCCUAGUAUGAAGCAAGUAGCCAUGGAGCUGGAAGAGAUCAUAAGCAAGGGAAGGCAUCCAGCUGCGGGGAAGGCUAAUUACUUUCCAUCUCCCAAAGACGCCGACUACUUACUUGGAUCACCUGUUUACAUUGUUGAUCUUGAAGAGAAUGAUACUGAUUCUAGUGGCUGUUGA